CGUUCUUUCCUCCAAGCCUCGACCGGACGCCAUUACCACGCCACCGGAUAACGAAUGUGUCAGUAGUGCGUCUUUUGUGGAAAAAUCUACGAACUCUCUCACAAGUUCUCUUAUUUGUGUUAUUAGUUUAUAAAAUACAAAUAUCUCAAAAUGUCUGAUGAGAAAAAGGGAGAAAGUGAACACAUCAACUUGAAAGUAUUAGGACAAGAUAAUGCUAUUGUUCAGUUCAAAAUCAAAAAACACACACCUCUCAGGAAACUGAUGAACGCCUACUGUGAUAGAGCUGGUCUAUCAAUGCAAGUGGUCCGGUUCAGGUUUGACGGUCAGCCCAUCAAUGAGAAUGACACACCAACGUCCCUGGAGAUGGAAGAAGGUGACACAAUAGAGGUGUAUCAGCAACAGACCGGAGGAGCGCAUCUAGUGUAAUUUAACCUAAGGAACUGUCCAACCCAUGGGGAAUCGCUGUGGUGUGCCCAUCUCAAAACUUUAACGUUAAGUUAAUUAUUUGUAAUAAAACUACAUAUGUAUCUUGUACGCAAGAACGAAAAGAAAAUUCAGUACACACAAAAUCUUUUUUAAUAUUUGGUGUGCACUGAAAUUCGGUCUUAAGAAAUUUUGAAGCAAACCAAAUGUUAGGUAACUUCAACAUAUUCCAUUGUGAUAAUUUUAGUUGACAUGUCUACGGGAUCAGCCAUAGUUUUAAACGCUGAAGUAAGGCAUAUUUUCAUGAUUUUUGUAUGUGGUAACUAUAAUUUAUUGGAUUUGUGUCCAUUACAAUUAUCAGGUCUGUAACUGAUGUUAUAUCAGGAAUAAAGUAAAUGUAAUAUGUAA